GCCGCGAGGGAAGAUCUCUAAUAAUAGCUCUCAGAGAGCACUGCAGGAAAGUGAGAGAGAGAGAGCUUGCAGGAAAAGUGGUACAUGCAGCAAAGCAAAUCUAUUAAACAGAACAUGCUUAACCAGUGGAGCGAAGGAGCGAAUUUAAAGAGAGCGGGGAAAGUUGAAAGCACAUGCUCUGUGUUCCUGCAUGCAUGAAACGUCGGAAAGGAGCAAAAGACAAAUAGGAGACACGGGGAGAAAGAAUUACGAGGAGUGGUCAGUGAAGCGGAAUUACGGAUCACAAGUCGCUCCGAGGAAAACACAAAGGGUGUGGGAUCUCACACAAAGUGUCCUGGGAACACAUAAGAGACAUCUGUAAACUCAGAAUUCCUCAGAAGUUUACUCUGUUAAGAAUAUUUCUGUGCAAGUUCACAUCUCAUUAAUAUAGCGAAUUUGAACCUGUGCACAACAAGACUGUGAAACAUGCCCUCGGUUCGCCUUUUGCCUGACGAUGCAGAGGUGUGAAAGCCACGAAUCUGAGGUCCAUCGUAGCCCCUCAUUGGACAGUGUAGAGUCUGAGUUUGCCCGGGCGACCCGUCGGGGUCACCGUCUGGCUGUAGGGGCAUUUUAUGGCUCCCGAGGGUCAAAUAUCAAAGAUCAAUCAACGCUGAGAGACGGCGUGGUAGUCGUCCCCACUGGGAGGAAACAUCAGGAGAAGUGCUUGUCUGCCUCUGGGAAGUAUGUGGUGUUUUACCUGGACUUGUCAUUUGUCUUCCUCCUAGAGUUUGAGAAGCUGAAGAUGGCGCGUGGAUGCUUGUGCUGUGUCAAAUACAUGAUGUUCCUCUUCAACCUGCUGUUCUGGUUGUCAGGCUGUGGGUUGUUAGGUGUGGGCAUUUGGCUGUCCGUUUCUCAGGGCAGUUUUGCCACAUUCUCCCCAUCAUUCCCCUCCCUCUCCGCCGCCAAUCUGGUCAUUACCUUGGGCUCCGUCGUCAUGGUAACUGGCUUUCUGGGAUGCCUCGGUGCCAUCAAGGAGAACAAGUGCCUGUUGCUGAGUUUCUUCAUUGUUUUAUUGAUUAUUCUGCUGGCAGAGUUGAUUCUGCUCAUCCUUUUCUUCGUGUACACAGACAAGGUUAGUGAGAACGCUAAACAGGAUCUAAAAGAAGGCCUGCGGCUCUACAACACGGACAAUAACAUUGGCCUCCGCAACGCCUGGAACAUUAUACAGGCUGAGUGGCAGUGUUGCGGCGUAACCGGGCACACAGACUGGCAUGAUGCCCUACAGGAGAAAGCGGUGCCAGACAGAUGCUGCCAGGAGCAUUAUAGAGAGUGCGGUCGCAAUGCAACCAACAUCUUCUGGUCACAGGGUUGCUAUGAGAAGGUUGAGGAAUGGCUAAAUGACAACAAACAUUUGCUGGGAACCAUUGCAAUGUGUGUGCUGGUCUUACAGCUGCUUGGAAUGGCCUUCUCCAUGACCUUAUACCAGCAAAUUCACAGAGCGGGGAAGAAAUAUGAUGCCUAGUGAAAACCCAGUGUUGCAUUGCAUAAAUAAACUCCCAGAACACCUUGUGCAUUAUUUCACACCCUGUUUCAUGACAGCACAAUAUUACCUGUAAAAAGGAAUCUUUUCUUGAUUCAAAGUUGAAAAAGCGUAAUCAAUUUUAAUUACGUAGAGCUGCCUGCAGAUGUAUUUGCUCUGCCAGCUUUUCUUUUUUUGGCCUGAAUUCUAACAGCGACUGUAAGAUAAAAAGACUGAAUGGAAUGUUUUUGAGAAGAAAUGAUCGAUGUUUGUGCCAGUUGUGCCAACAUAGUCAUCAUCAACAUUUUGGGCUUGGAAGUGAUCUGCAAGCAUAUGAACUGAACAAGAAUGCCUACGUCGCUCAUGACCGGGAGUUGUUAUGACAACACAGUGCGCACAGCGGGAUGCAGUCAAUAUUUCUUUCUUGGACACUUAUGUAAUCAUAGGCUUUGUGUUCCUUCUCUUGAUGUAAUGUAUCAAUAGCAUGCUGUAUAUAUUUCACAGUCAUGUAAGCAAACUGUACAGUUGCACUGAAACGAUCCUUUAUCUGUUGCCUGUUGUGUUAUUCUCUCAUUUAAAGUAAUAAUGUCCCCCAAAACUGAAAAGGCUUUCAUGUACUCCAAACCUGUCAUUCCAAACCAGCAUGACUUUUUUUCUUCUGUUGAAGAAUUCCAGUCGGAUAAUAACUUGAGAACUGCUGCAACUUGAUCAUUGAGUUGAACUUUAGAACCGAAUCUGUUACAUUUAUAAAUGAAUGAUUCAGACUGUUUUUCUGAAUGUUAUUAUCCGAUUUAUUGAAAUGAUCAGACUCAAAAGAAUGACUUAUUCCUUAAUCAGACAUUUCUACUUUUCUCAAGAAUGUGCCAAAAGAGCAAGGGCGGACAUCAAGAUGUUAAGUGACUUACAUUUUUUACACACCUAUAGAGCUGUUCAGUUAUGACGCCAAUUUGUAGGCUAAUUUGCCAUGGGUUCCCGCAGGAUUUCCUCUUGGUUUUCGAAUUUCGAGUAAAAUAAGAUCUGUCGUGAAAAUUAUCGACAGAGACUUUCAUGUUUCCUUCUAGAACAGAAAUCACACAUAGUCAUACCUCGAAAGUGGAUUUUAAAGCCGUUGUGUUUUUUAAAAAAUGCCCAUUGCUAAAUAAGAACUACAACUCUCAUCGGUUUCAUAAAGCCCAUAGCUCUUAUGCUCAUGGUAGUUGUAGUCCAUAAUUAGCAUCGUGAUAGCAACAUGCUUUUAAAAAACAUAGCAGCUUUAUAAAACAUGUUUGAGAUAUGACUGUGUGUAAUUUAUGUUUUAGAACUAAACGUGACAAUCUGGCCUUAUUUCACUCAUAAAUCUAAAACUGCCUUUAUAAAAACCUGUGGCUGGAAAAUGCUAAUUGUCUUGAGUUUUUGAACUACAAUCUGAACAUCUCUAUUGUAUAGUUUCAGAAUAAUUUGAGUGUCAUGCACAACUUGAAUGGACCACUUUGAUGGCCUUUUUGAAGCUUUAAAGCUUGAGUCACCAUUCAUUGUAAUUGUAUGGAAAAGAGAGAUCAGCCCAGUCUUCAGAAUGUCUCCUUUUGUGUUCCAUGGAAGAAAGUCAUACAGGUUUUAAAAAAAAAAAAAAAACAGGAGGUGAGUACAUAAUCACCUUUCCUAUUCCUUUAAUAUGAGUGUAUGUGUUUAUUGUAAAAAAAAAAAAAAAUGUGUGUUAU